AUGAAACUUUCAAUAUCGCUUAGUUUCCUGGCUGUAUGCCUUAUGGCAUUUGCGGUCAAUGUUAACGCUAAACAUGUGAGAUAUUAUCAUGAUGGUUAUGAGUUCAGGGGAACAGAAGUUCCUACCGAUGCCACUGAGACCACUGAUGUACCAGAAACCACAGAACCUGUUGAAACUACAGAAGUUCCUGAUCACCGUCCACCGCACCACAAACCACCCCAUCAUGGUCCUCCACAUCAUAAACCUCCCCAUCAUGGUCCACCACAUCAUAAACCUCCCCACCAUGGUCCUCCAAACCAAGGACCUCCAAAUCACCAUAAACCCGGUAGCAAUGCUCCUGGCCACCAUGUUCCUGGCCAAUUGAGUAUUAAAGAAGUUGAUAGCUUUGUUGAACAUUUAAUGGAUACCGUGGGUCAAAUAAUUGAAUCAGUGAUCGAAGCAGUGCACUCUGGAAAACCUCUGGAAAUUCAAGAGGGAGAACACCACUAUAGACCUCAUCCACAUUUCCCUCACGACAACAAACACGAGGGAUCUGGCGAAGAUAAUCACAGGGAUCCACAUGAGGGAUCUGACGAAGAUAAUCACGAACAUCACCACGAGGAUCAUGAGGGAUCUGAAGAAGAUAAUGACGGGAAACAUCACGACAAGGAAGAUCGUCCUGAAAAAGAUAAUCAUGGACAUCACCACGAGGAUCAUGAAGAACCCGAGAAUGAUGGCCAUGGUCUAGAACAACCCAACCACAAAUAUGAAAAACCUAUAGUAGAUAAUCACGAUCCAGAACACGAAGACCACGAGCAUUCACAUGAGGGAUCUGAAGAAGAUAAUCACGAACAUCCCCACGAGGAUCAUGAAGGACCCGAGGAAGAUGGUCAUGGUCGAGAAGAACCCAACCACCAACACGAAAAACCUGUUGACGACAAUCACAAACCAGAACACCACAAACAUGAAGAGCCCGAAGAAAGUAAUCACAAACCAAAACAACCCAACCAUCAACACGACAAACCAGAAGAGGAUAACCACGGUCCAGAAGAACCAAACCACAAACCCGAAGAACCUAAGGAGGAUAAUCACCACCAACACGAAAAACCUGAAAAAGAAAGCCACGACCCAGAACCACCCAAACACGAAAAACCUGAAGAAGAAGAUAACCAUGACCCAAAACAACCCAACAAUAAACAUGAAGAGCCUAAGGAGGAUAAUCAUGAUCCAGAACAACCCGACCAUAAACACGAGGGGUCCGAGGAGGAUAAUCACAUUCCUGAACAUCCAAAGGAAUCGGAUGAAAAUAAACAUGUUCCAGAACAUCAAAACGAACCCAAAGAUGAUAAUCUCAUUCCAGAACAUCCCAAAGAAAAGGAAACCCAUUAA